AUCACUUUGACAUUUAACUCUAACCUCAAUAUUUCACGCGAAAGUUUCGUAAACAUACACAUGUGACCUGUUUAAUAGAAAAAUAAUAAAUAAAACAAUGCCACAAUUACAUAUAGACGAAGUCUACCCAAAGGAGAGCGUAUACCCAAUGGUUGUAAGCUUCCAAAAUGGUUACAUAACACAAAAAUUUAAGACAAGCGAUUGCGUUUUAUUAGAAGACGAAAAAACUGGUAAGAAGACUGUUGCAACGGAGCUAUGCGACUUAAUAUACAGCGGGGAGGAGGAACAAGAGGAACUAGGGAGGACUUUAAUACUAGCGCGGGACAAAACAACUGGGAAAGUGAGAUUAAUCGAAGUUGGUAAUGUCGAGUUAAAACCUUGCUUACAAACGAACUUAGACGCUACAGAAGUGAUGGAAAAUAGUUAUUUAGAGCUCAGUAGGAAGUUCGGAUCGAAAAAACAUAAACAGAUAAUGGAACAACGCGAGAAAUUAAAGAUUAAUGUCGAUACAGUUACGGAACAAAUGCAAAAUGUCACUGAAAGUGUCACUGAAGACCAACUAGAUCUAUCUUCUUACAAUAAAAACGAUUCUGAUGAAUUCUACAUACCCCCUAUAAACAGAGAAGCCACUAAAGUCGAAGACGUUUACGAUAUUGACUCUAUAUUGACUCCGGAACAGCGUGAAAAGAUCUAUUCCGAAAUCCAAGGAACAAAUUACUUGACCGAGCUUCAUCCGUUCUUAAAAUCUAUGGCAACUAAAGAUCUAUCUGAAAAACAGACUGUUUUACUUGUUUAUGCACAAACACUACUACAAUUAUACGCAACACUAAUGAAAGAUAUAAACCGCAAAAACUUUGCAGCGUGUCCAUACUCCGUGACUUUAAACGAUAUUGUACUGAAAAACUUUCUUAGUAAUGCAAAUGGGAAACGAGGACGGUCACCGCAGUUUAAAGAUAAAUCGUUAUGUCAUGCAUUAGUGUUCAUUUUAUUGUUGAAUAAUUAUAAGUUUAAUUUCAAUGAUUUGUGUCAGGAAUUGAAGUUGACUCAACGGACUGUUACGUCUAAGGUAGCGUUGACCGGUGCUACUCUAGUAACGGUUGGAACGAAGAAGAUGGCUCAUUUAAAACUACCGUUAAGUAGACCGGCGUUGAGAAGGAAAAGUACUAAGUUUUAAAUAUAAGUUUGACAUUGUA